AUGCCCGAGAGCGCCUGCGAGCUGUGCCUGCUGCUGCUGCUGGGCCUGGGUCUGGGGUCCCAGGAGGCGCUGCCCCCGCCCUGUGAGAGCCAGAUUUACUGCCACGGGGAGCUCCUGCACCAGGUGCAGAUGGCCAAGCUCUACCAGGACGACAAGCAGUUCGUGGACAUGCCGCUGUCCAACGCUCCAGACCAGGUCCUGCAGCACUUCCGCACGCUGGCCAGCGCCCACAACCACAGCAUCCCCAGGCCGCAGCUGCAGGCCUUCCUCCAAGAGCACUUCCAGGCCGCGGGGCAGGAGCUGCAGCCCUGGGUCCCUGAGGACUGGAAAGACAGCCCCCGAAUCCUAGAGAAGAUCUCGGACUCCAAGCUGCGCUCCUGGGCCAGGCAGCUGCACCAGCUCUGGAAGAAGCUGGGAAAGAAGGUGAGGCCAGAGGUCCUCCGCCAGCCCGAGCGCUUCUCUCUGAUCUACUCGCAACACCCCUUCAUCGUGCCCGGCGGGCGCUUCCGCGAGUUCUACUACUGGGAUUCCUACUGGGUGAUGGAGGGGCUGCUCCUGUCGGAGAUGGCGGGGACGGUGCGGGGCAUGCUGCAGAACUUCCUGGACCUGGUGCAGACCUACGGGCACGUUCCCAACGGGGCCCGCGUGUACUACCUGCAGCGCAGCCAGCCGCCGCUCCUGACGCUCAUGAUGGCCCGCUAUGUGGCUCACACCAGCGACACCGCCUUCCUCCGGGACAACAUCGGGACCCUGGCCUUGGAGUUGGACUUCUGGGCUGAGAAGAAGAAUGUCUCUGUGAGCUUGGGGGGGAAGAGCUACGUCCUGAAUCGCUACCACGUCCCUUACGGGGGACCCAGACCAGAGUCCUACAGCAAGGACGCAGAGCUGGCGGGCAUGGUGCCCGAAGAGGCCCGGGAGGCUCUGUGGGCUGAGCUCAAGGCAGGGGCCGAGUCUGGCUGGGACUUCUCUUCACGCUGGCUCAUCGGGGGCCGGGACCCCAGCUCGCUCAGCAGCAUCCGGACCAGCAAGCUGGUGCCUGUGGACCUCAACGCCUUCCUGUGCCAGGCGGAGGGGCUGAUGAGCAGCUUCCACGCCAGCCUGGGGAAUGAGGCUGAAGCCACAAAGUACAGAAACCUGCGGGCCCGGCGCCUGGCCGCCCUGGAGGCCGUCCUGUGGGACCAGGAGGAAGGGGCCUGGUUUGACUAUGACCUCGAACAUGGAAAGAAGAACCACGAGUUUUACCCGACCAACCUGGCUCCUCUCUGGGCCGGCUGCUUCUCUGACCCCACCAUGGCGGACCAGGCCCUCAAGUACCUGGAGGACAGCCAGAUCCUUACCUACCAGCACGGAGUCCCGACCUCGCUCCGGAAGACGGGCCAGCAGUGGGACUUCCCCAACGCCUGGGCUCCCCUGCAGGACCUGGUCAUCAGAGGUCUGGCCAGGUCUCCUUCACCCAGGACCCAGGAGGUGGCUUUCCAGCUGGCGCAGAAUUGGAUCCAAACCAACUUCCGUGUCUACUCCCAGACGUCAGCCAUGUACGAGAAGUAUGACAUCAGCAGGGGUGGACAGCCAGGUGGCGGAGGGGAGUAUGAAGUCCAGGAGGGGUUCGGCUGGACCAAUGGCGUGGUCUUGAUGCUCCUGGACCACUACGGCGACCGGCUGAGCUCUGCGGCCCAGACAGCUUUCCUGGAGCCCCUCUGCCUCGCAGCUGCCCUUCUGCUCAGCCUCCUGCUGCGGUGACGACCCUGCCCCGUCGGCCUCAGCUCCUCCUCCGCUCUAGCUCCCGCCUCAUUAAACGCGUGCAGGCG